AGGGGGGAGACAAAAAAAAGCGACGGGAACAUGACGAAACGGCAUCGCGGAGGACGGACAAACUAGGCUGAGAGACGGACGGACAGUCAGUCGCCUUUUCCCCCCUUUCCUCCUCCUCUUCCUCCUCCACCUCCACCUCCUCCUCCUCGCUUGACUGACACACACACACACACACACACACGCACAGACAGGGACAUACAUGCACAUCAUCCACUUUUUGCGACCACGCAGGCUGCGCAUCCGUGCGGGCAGUAAUUGGGCAGCGGAGAUCCACAGCAGAUGAGAGGGGCAUUUCAUGUACCAGGCUGCCCAGGAAAUCACCGUGACCCCGGCGGAGAGGAGUUCGACUUGACAGGAUGGGGGGAGUAAGUGAAGGAGAUGAUGUGUUGGCUCGAUGGAGUGAUGGACUACUGUACCUAGGCAAUGUGAAAAGAGUAGAUGGAGUCAAGCAAUGUUGUCUGGUGAGAUUUGAGGACAACUCGGAGUUCUGGGUGCUGAGGAAGGACAUUCACUCGUUCGCUGCUGGAGUGGAAGAAGUUUGCUGUAUUUGUGACGCUCCGCCUCUUAAAGAACCCCUCAUAAAUUGUCUUAAAUGUCGCCACGGUUAUCAUCCAGAGUGCCACACGCCAGCCAUCGAACCGGAAGCUGACAGCGAUUCGUGGAUAUGUCGGCAAUGUGUCUUUGCAGUCGCAACCAAGAGAGGCGGGGCACUGAAGAGGGGACGCUUCGCCCGGCUCAUGCAAUUUAUGAAACUCCGGCUUCCCUACCAGCUGUCCUCUUUAGACUGGGACCCGCAGCAUCUGACCAAUCAGCAGCAGUGCUACUGCUACUGUGCCGGACCUGGAGAGUGGAACCUGAAGAUGUUGCAGUGUGGAAGCUGUGGUCAGUGGUUCCACGAGGCCUGCACACAGUGUCUAACCAAGCCUCUGCUGUAUGGAGACAGGUUUUAUCAGUUCCAGUGCUCAGUGUGUUCAAAGGGACCAGAGACCAUCCAGAGACUACCCAUGACCUGGAUGGAUUUGGCUCACUUAGUGCUCUACCAUCUCUCGCUGUGCUGCAAGAGGAAGUACUUUGAUUUUGACCAUGAAAUCCUGUCCUUCACCAAUGAGAAUUGGGACUCUUUGCUCCUGGGCGCGCUCUCUGACACGCCAAGGCAAGACCGCUGUCACAAUCUCCUCAACGCUCUGAACUCCCACAAGGACAGGUUUGUCUCUGGAAAGGAGAUCAAGAAGAAGAAGUGUCUUUUUGGGCUUCAGGUCCGAGCCCCACCUCCGCUGACGUCCGAUUCGUCGCCCCUCAUCACCGACCAGCCUAUCAACAUCACGCACCGGAGAAGGUCAGUCCCGUUGUCACUACCCUGCCAGAGGAGAGUGGGGGGGCCGGAGUCGCGUAAAUCAAAGCGUCGCAUCAUGGAGACACAGGCUUGUCCACCCCCGGUUGCUGCCAACCCCAUUGAGCUGCUGCCAUGUUGCCAUGGCUACAUGGGAGGGGCCAACCUGUACAACUCCAGGAAGUCAGAGGAGGAGCUUAGUUUGAGCUCUCCUCCCAAGCGGAUGUAUGCUCUGUACCACAGCACCUACAACGGAAAUACUGCCCUCUCCAGGAGUCUCCAUCACUACAACAGCGUGGAGGACACCUGCAGAGUACCACCACCUUGCUACCCAUACCCCCUCAACUCCAACGGCAGCCAUCACAACCACCACAACCACUCCCACCAGCACCAUCACACCCACCAACACAACAACCACCAACACCAGCCGGGGCAGAAGCAGCUGGAGCCCCUCAUCCUACGGGACAUGCCCCCAUAUCAGGCCGGUAUGGGCGUAGGGGGCGGCGUAGGGGGCGGAGGCGGAGGCGGAGGAGGAGGAGGAGGAGGAGGAGGAGGAGGAGGAGGUGGCGGUGGAGGUGGAGGAGGUGGGGUGGUAGUCGGAGGUGGGGACGGGACAGUGGCCAGGAGCUGGGGAGGAGGGGAGGCGGUGAGGAUCUUGGCGAGGCGCGUCACGCCGGACGGGAAGGUGCAGUACCUGGUGGAGUGGGAGAACGUGAAUUUGUACUGACUCGAAGGGAUUAAACGCGAGACGCAAUGACUGUUUUGCAGUUGC